GUGCGCUCCCCGGCACACCUCCCUCUCCUCCUCCUCCUCCUCCUCGUGAUUGCGCAGCGGCACUCCGGCAGCAGCGCAGCGGAGAAUAAACCGACAACAAGUGGGGAUAUUUUCGUGUGUGUGAUGGAUUGAAUUUAAAGAUGGAUUAUGUGGAAUAUGUCAAACGGAGAUCUGGGCUGAUUCAUGAAAGCAGGACGCGUUUUCUUCUGCUGCUGCUGAUGCUGUUUUAAUCUCCAAAAAAGAGUCAAAAAAACCCAAACAACAACAGGAGGACUCGCCUUCUCUCCUCUUCUUCUUCUUGCUUUUGUUUCUGACCAAAGAGCUCCAGAUAACGAUGUGAGAGGAGGGCUUCCUGCACGGUGGAUGGAAACAAACUGAGCUGCAGCCGUUACGCAUGGAGACAGCUCGGCACUGAGCUCCGCUGCUGCACGGUUCUUCCUAAAACUCCCCAAAAAGAGAGAAAAAAGUGAUUCUUGUCCUCCUCAGACAGAAAAUGAGUAUCUGUCUCCUCCGACUGGCUCUCCUCGUGGCUUGCGUCCUCUCCAUCCGCUGCACCGCCGCGCCCGGGACCGAGGCGGAGGCGCACACGGCGUCCCGGGAUACCUGCGCGUCCUGCGGCGUGGCUCAGCCGGAGGACCCGGAGUCCGGCCGGCUGAACGUGGACUUCCUGGAGGCGGUCAAGAGGCACAUCCUGAGCCGGCUGCAGAUGCGGGAGAGGCCCAACAUCACGCACCCGGUGUCCAAGGCGGCCAUGGUGACGGCGCUGCGGAAGCUGCACGCCGGGAAGCUGCGCGAGGACGGGAGGGUGGAGAUCCCGAACCUGGACGGACACCCGAUGAGCAACGAGGUCCUGGAGGAGAGCUCCGAGAUCAUCAGCUUCGCAGAGAAAGACGACAUGGUGACGUCCAAGUCCAGCCUGUUCUUCCUGAUCUCCAGCGAGGGGAACCAGAACCUGUACGUGACGCAGGCCACCCUCUGGCUCUACUUCAAGGUGCAGCCGUCGCCUCUGGAGGUGCGUCCUCGGCGGAAGGUGACGGUGAAGGUGUACUACCAGGAGCCUGGCCUCAGCAGCAAGUGGAACCUGGUGGAGAAGCGCGUGGAGCUGAAGCGCAGCAGCUGGCACACCUUCGUGCUCACUGACGCCGUCCGGAUGGUGUUUGAGAAGGGCGACCGGCGGCAGAACCUGGACGUGCGCUGCGAGGGUUGCGAGACGGAGGGCGUGGUGCCCGUGCUGCUCAACCACAAUGACGAGUCCCACCGGCCCUUCCUGGUGGUGCAGGCGCGGCAGUCCGACAGCAAACACCGCAUCAGGAAGAGGGGGCUGGAGUGCGACGGCAGCAGCAGCCUGUGCUGCCGCCAGCAGUUCUACAUAGACUUCCGGCUCAUCGGCUGGAACGACUGGAUCAUAGCGCCGUCGGGAUACUUUGGGAACUACUGCGAGGGGAACUGCCCGGCCUACAUGGCGGGCGUCCCCGGCUCUGCCUCGUCCUUCCACACGGCGGUGGUGAACCAGUACCGCAUGCGGGGGAUGAGCCCGGGCUCCAUGAACUCCUGCUGCAUCCCCACCAAGCUCAGCACCAUGUCCAUGCUCUACUUCGACGACGAGUACAACAUCGUCAAACGGGACGUUCCCAACAUGAUCGUGGAGGAGUGCGGCUGCGCCUGAUUGUUUAAGGUGGAACUCAAGAGUCAGGAUACUACAACAAAAAAAUGAAUAUAGAAUAUUUAUGGACGAUGAAAAAAAAAAACAUGCGCACACGAACUCAUCCACACAUAUCGACACACUCUCAUGUAUGCCUGCACAAAACUUGUAUAUAUAUUUAUGUUUGUUGAUCUAUAUUCUCUGCUGGUGGACUCUUUCAGUCUCCUUCAAAAGGACGUGAGGAGGUCGCUUCCAAAAUCUUUGGAAAACAGUCAUCAUUAAGUGUCUCUGGGAUAGUAAAGAUCUUGACGUGACUCAUCUUUACAGCUCUGAUACUCAACUUACAGCCCCUGACAGGGUGCCAGGGGCCCCCAACCCAGUUUUUAAUUCCCAAUUCAAAUAACGUGAUUG